GAACCCACCAACAGGUAUGCCCUAAUGCCGACCCUUUGGCUCCCCCUAAACCGAGGUCCCUGAACUAAAUCGAGGUCCCUUAUACAAACCCUGUUUUCACCCUCGCACCUUCCGCCGCCGCUCCCCCUGCUCGCCUCGCUGCUGCGGUGUUGCCUCGCCACCUUUAUCGUGGCCGAAGGGACGGGAUGCAGCAGCCGCAGCCUGCAGGCGCCCGCUCUUUCUUGGAUCUGCUGCGUUCUGUUGAUGGCGGGGCGGGUGAGAGGUUUCUCGGGUUAGUUAUUUAGAACCAGUGCCAGCAUCGACCAUCGUCCCUAGGCUGCGUUCGGUUUUGUGAUGGACGCUUCAUCAGGGGAAGUUUGUGGUGUGUGAAAGUUUACUCUAUCUAUCAAUCAAAUCUUGCUGGAGCGAGGGUUCCUGGCCAUCCGAGUCGGUCUCGAUGAUGGCCCAUAAGCUGAGUCCUGACACUUCCAACCUCAGGAGGCCAAUGGCCCAGUAUACGGUGUUAGUGUAGCCAGUGGCUGCCUGCUUCUCCCUCCUCAAGGCGGAGCGCAGCACCGCGGCUGCGCUGCUGGCGGCCAGAGAUGAUGACGCGUUGCGGUGUACAACUCCUGGUGGCACGGGGGAUCUCCUCAUCACCAUGCCUUUCUCGGAGGAUCAACCAAACGGAAAGUGAAAUUGUUCGGAUGUUUCAUCCUCCAAUUCGUCAGAGUGAGGAAGCAAUAGCAACCAUUGUGCCAAGGUACACAUAUUCUAUGCGUGUCUUGGAUGAGAGGUUCAUUAGGAUCCUGAAGAUAUUCAAGUGGGGCCCUGAUGCUGAGAAGGCGCUGGAGGUUCUCAUGCUUAGAGUUGAUCACUGGUUGGUACGAGAGGUUAUGAAAACUGACGUUGGGGUCAAUGUGAAGAUGCAGUUCUUCAGAUGGGCUGCAAAGCGGAGGAAUUAUGAGCAUGACACAUCCACUUACAUGGCAUUGAUACAUUGUUUGGAAGUAGUGGAGCAGUAUGGUGAGAUGUGGAAGAUGAUCCAAGAAAUGGUACGGAAUCCCAUUUGUGUUGUUACCCCAACAGAACUUUCAGAUGUAGUUCGGAAGCUGGGGAAUGCUAAGAUGGUCAGCAAGGCAAUUGCAAUCUUCUACCAGAUCAAAACGCGGAAGUGUCAGCCAACUGCACAGGCAUAUAACAGCAUGAUAAUAAUGUUGAUGCAUGAGGGCCAAUAUGAGAAAGUCCAUCAACUAUACAAUGAGAUGAGCACUGAGGGUCAUUGCUUCCCAGACACUAUGACAUAUAGUGCAUUGAUUUCUGCCUUUUGCAAAUUAGGUCGACGUGAUUCAGCAAUUCAGUUGUUGAAUGAGAUGAAGGAGAUCGGUAUGCAGCCAACUACUAAGAUAUAUACAAUGUUAAUAGCUUUGUUCUUCAAAUUCAAUGAUGCUCAUGGAGCAUUGAGUUUGUUUGAAGAAAUGAGGCAUCAGUAUUGUCGACCGGAUGUGUUUACUUACACUGAGCUAAUCAGAGGCCUUGGUAAAGCUGGCAGAAUAGAUGAAGCAUAUCACUUCUUCUGUGAAAUGCAGCGAGAAGGCUGCAGGCCAGACACAGUUUUUAUGAAUAAUAUGAUAAAUUUCUUAGGCAAGGCUGGCCGUUUGAAUGAUGCUACGAAGUUGUUUCAGGAGAUGGAAACGUUGCGGUGCAUUCCUAGUGUGGUGACAUACAAUACUAUCAUAAAAGCACUUUUUGAAUCAAAAUCUCGUGCUUCUGAGGUUCCAUCUUGGUUUGAAAGAAUGAAGGCAAGUGGAAUCUCCCCCAGUUCGUUCACCUAUUCUAUCCUUAUUGAUGGAUUCUGCAAAACCAACAGGAUGGAGAAGGCCAUGAUGCUACUGGAAGAGAUGGAUGAAAAGGGUUUCCCUCCAUGUCCAGCGGCAUAUUGUAGCCUGAUUGAUGCUCUUGGAAAAGCCAAGCGUUAUGAUCUUGCUUGUGAGCUUUUUCAGGAACUAAAGGAAAAUUGUGGCUCGUCCAGUGCUCGGGUAUAUGCAGUUAUGAUUAAACACUUAGGAAAGGCUGGACGGCUUGAUGAUGCUAUAAAUAUGUUUGACGAAAUGAACAAACUUGGUUGCGCUCCUGAUGUUUAUGCGUACAAUGCUCUCAUGUCUGGAUUAGCAAGAACAGGCAUGAUUGAUGAAGCUCUUAGUACGAUGAGAAGAAUGCAAGAGCAUGGGUGUAUUCCUGAUAUCAAUUCAUACAAUAUUAUCCUUAAUGGGCUGGCAAAAACGGGAGGACCUCACCGUGCAAUGGAAAUGCUUUCCAACAUGAAACAAUCUACAGUAAGACCUGAUGUUGUCUCCUAUAAUACUGUCCUUGGUGCCUUGAGUCAUGCUGGCAUGUUUGAGGAGGCAUCAAAGCUGAUGAAAGAGAUGAAUACAUUGGGGUUUGAGUACGAUCUUAUUACAUAUUCAUCUAUACUUGAGGCUAUUGGAAAGGUUGAUCAUGAAUGUGACCCUUAAGGUUGGAGGUGUAUCAUAUGCAGUCACUCAUUUGGUGCAAGCAGAGCAUUCAAUCUAGAUCUAGCAAUUUCAUAUGGAAGAGAUUAAACAUAAAAUAGUACUAGGUUUCAGUAAAUGUAAAUAGCCGUCACCAUUGGAUUUUGAUUAGACGCACUAGAUCGUUUAAUUGCACACUUACAUCAAUAUGAUUGAUUGCACUGUAUAUCUUCCCCUCAAGGUCAGUCCAUCUUGGUUUGUAAAUUAAUUGUAUUACAGAAGCUGGAGUCUAUGUGCAAGCCAAACACUCUUGAACCUGAGUUACCAAUUUGUUGAAGUUGUUUCA